CAAGUUAUGUUUAUAAUCUAUCGAGUUCCGUGAAAUCGAUACAUCUUUACUAUGGUAAAAGUGACAUAUUGCUGACCAGCUGUAUGCUGAAUUUUGUGUGCUGACAAAAGGAAAAUUAAAAUUUCUAUAAAUUAAUUUAGUUUGUCAAUAUAUUCUCUUGUAUAAACCUAAUUUAAAGUGCGUCUUAUACGAUGGACACCGAAAAAUCAAGUAAUAGUUCAUUUGAAGACCUUUCCAAUAUAAACGAAUUAGAAACUAAAUCCUCACAAGUAGAAGAAUCGAACGUCAAAGAAGAAGUAAAAAAUAAUGUACAAGUUGAGACGAAGGAUGGAAAACCUCAACACGAGAAUAUUAAAAGUGAAGGAAGCGAAGUUGGUGUUUCUAUUGGAGAUGAAGAGCCUUGUGAUGUGUUAGGGAAUGGCCAGUUAGUUAAACGUGUUAUAAAACAGUCACAAACAAGUAAUCGCCCAGCAAGAGGAGAUCUGGUAACAGUUACAUUUACCGGUCGACUGGCUAAUGGAAUCGUUGUCGAAAAAAUGGAAAAUUACCAAAUGCACGUUGGAGAUUUCGAGGUUGUGCAAGGACUUGACAUGGUCAUUCCCUUAAUGAACAUUGGUGAAGUUGCAGAAGUUAGUGUCGAUUCAAGGUUUGCUUACGGCAGUCUAGGUUUAAAAAAUGAAAAAGAUGACAGCGCAAACGUCCCUGCAGAUUCAACACUUACAUAUGAAGUACAUUUACUAGAUUGUAAAAGUGAGGAUUUUUCGGAUUUAAAAUCCUUUGAAGUACGCAGGAAAUAUGGAACACGCAAAAAGGAACGCGCAAACUUCUGGUAUAACCGUAAUGAAUACAAUACGGCUAUUCAGUUGUAUAGGCGUGCGUUAGAAUACUUGGAUGAUCGCGAUGGUGAUCCUGAUGCAACGUUCGAUAAGGAAGAUUUAGAAUUUUCUAAUAGUGAUUUGCAAACAUUGCUCGAGGAUAGAUUGAUUGUGUACAAUAACCUGGCAAUGGCUCAAAUAAAAAUAUCUGCGUUAGAUGCUGCUUUGAAAUCAGUUGAGAACGUAUUACGAUGCCAGCCGAACAAUUCGAAGGCUUUGUACCGAAAGGGACGAAUUCUUGAAGGAAAAGGAGAUACGAAAGGUGCUAUUAAUUUAUUACAAAAGGCUGCUACAUUUGAACCAGAUAGUAAAGCAAUUCAGCAGGACCUAGCAAAACUGAUCAUCAAAGCACGCAGAGAAGAACACAACGAAAAAGAAAUGUAUCAAAAAAUGCUGGGCCAAGCUAAAAAGCUUGAGCAGAAGCAUAAACAACCGCAGAAACAACAAAACAUUGAAAGUUCAAAGCUUAAACUUAUAGGGUAUUUAAUGGGAUCAAUUUUAAUUGGUGUAGCCGGCGUUGCUAUAUAUAGAUACAAAUACUAGAUUUAAUGGACAAAUGGAAAAAGCUGGCUGUUUGAAGAACAGUAAUAUAAUUUUAUUUAAUUAUCAAAAAUUAAAGAGUUGAUAAAGCAUUUAACAACAACAAAAUUAGAAUAUGAUAAAUUUUCUGUUCAAUUAUAAUUUUUUUAUUUUGUAAAUUUUUUUUAGUGUUUUAUAGUGUGGGAUUUAAGUGUUUUCUAUUUUUAUUGGUAAAUAUAUUUUAAUAUGAAGGAA